AGUGGGGGAGUAUCGGUGCGGGGGAGUAUAGGUUGUAGAAAACUUGGGGAGUUGCUGAAGCUCAUGAAAAACUUUAAAGCAGCCAAAGAGGUGUUCAGUGAAAAUUGUGAAAACUUCAAAGAAGGACUCAGUUGUCAAAAUGCUGCAGAAAUAGCCAGUCUGAAUGAACAUAAUGAAGAGAAUGCCCUGAAGUACUUUAGCCUUGGCUGCCAAUAUGGAUUUCUCCCUUCGUGUCACAAUGAAGGUUUAAUGAAUCUAAGAAGUGAAAACAAAAAUGAGAAGAAAGCUCUGAGUUGCUUGCAUAAAGCUUGUAAUGGGAACUUUCCAGAGAGUUGUCACCUUAUAGGAACACUUUAUCUUAAUCCAAAGAUUGUUCCAGGUGCCACAAACUUGCCACCGAGAGAUGUAUCUCAGGGUGUCAUUUUUCUUACAAAAGCCUGUGAUCAGGGAGGUGCCAGAGCCUGUAAAACACUAAUAAACAUGUAUGAGAAAGGGGACAUAGUAGGGAAAAGUGCCUCCAUGGUCGAAUUGUUUAAAGCUAAGUUGAAGCAGAAUUUGGAGAAAAAAUUAAAAAUGCGCCCAGAUGGCAUUUCUGCUCCCUCUUGAUUUUUCCCAUUCUUUAGUUUUGAUUGUGUAUUGUUUAUCUAUGCAUGUAUCAACUUAAUACAACCAAGUGCAAGAGAAAAUGAUUAACUGGAUAUUUUGUUUCGUUUUUAAAUACAUAAAUUGGAUUUUGGUAUAAAAUGUGGAAAAAGUCCUGUUUGUGAUUUUGUUAAUUAUUACCAUAAUGUUUUUAACAAAAAAAAAGGUUAAGAUGUCCAACUUAAGACCAGUUUUCAUUACAACAUAAAUGGACCAUUCCUGGAAUUUUUAUCAUGAAAUAAAUUUGCUACCCUUACAA